GCCGGCUCGUUUGGCUUGCACCACGGUCACAGGGCGCCUGUCGUUACACCCCUUAGCGCCGCCGACUUCCGACCUUAACCUCACCCAUUGCGACUCCGAUCGAGUAAGGACCUCGCGCCGGCACGACUUUAAGAAUGUUCGUGGGGUCUAGCAUAAUCUUGGCAGUGUUAAUAGUGCCCUCUCUGACCGAAAAAACUUCGUCGAAUGAUGUCCUCAGCCUGCACGAUGCAUCCUUGCUGCUUCCGGAAAUGCGUGACAGGAAGGAACUCACCUCCGUGGAGCGAAGGGCCGUUUCGAAAAGAGCUCCCAUGGGCUUCCAGGGUAUGCGUGGCAAGAAAAACGUGAUCGGUCCCGACUUCGCAGACAAUUUCUUGCACGAGGACUACGAAAAACGAGCACCCAUGGGAUUCCAGGGCAUGAGAGGGAAAAAGGAGUACUUGUCGAAUCAAGACGAUUCCUCUGCGAACGAAGAGUACUCGAACGAGAAGAGAGCGCCUAUGGGGUUUCAAGGGAUGCGUGGGAAGAAGUCUUCUUUCGACGAGGAGUACGACAAACGGGCUCCCAUGGGAUUUCAGGGGAUGAGGGGCAAAAAGUCUCUGGAAGAGGUGCUCGACGAAAUUGAGAAGAGGGCUGCGAUGGGUUUCCAAGGCAUGAGAGGCAAGAAGAAUUAUUAUCUAGAAUAUCCCGAGGACAAUGAAAAGAGAGCGAUGGCCAUGGGUUUUCAAGGUAUGAGGGGCAAGAAGGAUGAAUGGGCUGCCGAUUGGGAGAAGAGAAAACCAAUGGGAUUUCAAGGAAUGAGGGGUAAGAAGAGUUUCCAAGAUGAGCUGGAUGAACUGGAGAAACGUGCCAUUAUGGGAUUUCAGGGUAUGAGGGGCAAAAAAUACUAUAACGAUAUCGACGAGUUCGCUGAAGAUUACGAAAAGAGGGCACCUAAGAUGGGUUUCCAAGGGAUGCGCGGAAAGAAAGACAUUUUCGAUUCGGACAAGAGUGCUCCUAUGAGUUUCCAAGAUACGAGAGGAAAAAAGACCAUAUCCGAAAGCUACGACGAUGGCGUAAUGGAUUUGUCCGAUUACGAGAAAAGAGCGCUGAUGGGAUUUCAAGGCAUGCGCGGUAAAAAGGAUUCCGACAAACGAGCACCCAUGGGUUUUCAAGGAAUGCGAGGAAAGAAGGAUUUAGAUGACCCUUUUGGUUCUACCAGUGAAUUCAGCAAAAGAGCACCAAUGGGCUUCCAAGGAAUGAGAGGUAAAAAGGACGAAAAUCCGAUCGAAUACGAACCAUUCUCACCUUUCACGUAUUUCGAUUCCCGUGGGAAGAAAACUCCACGAUUUGCAAUUCGAGGAAAAUUUGUUGCCGUGAGGGGGAAGAAAUGGUCCGAGGGUUCAUUAUUCGAUCAAUCUGAAAAUCUCCUCGACAAUAUCGGAAGGACUGGCGUGAAUACUGACUCGACGACGACAUUAGACAUCCAGUAGUGCUAAGGCGCUAAAAAGGAAGAAAGUAUUUCCUUUAAUAAAUUAAAUUAAUCUAGUCAAAAGGGAAAAGGAAAAGUGGAAACGCGAAUACAGAACAUCACGAAACAACGGCAGCUUAAAGCGUUGUCAACUGUUAAAUUACACUUCAAAUGUUUAUUAAACAACAAAAACUUAUUCCUCCGUUAUAUCAUGAUUUCAAUAAAUGUUACUAUGAAUUCAACGUGGUGGUACUUUUGUUCGAGAAUGCCGAGCGAUUGCAGGGAUACGCGUAGAAAGUAAUUGCAAAUCGAAAAAAUCAAGAAAUCGUCAAAUGAUAUCAAAGUUUCCACAGCUUUCGAAUUGCAGGACCUUUCUAAAAAGCCUAUAUCAGUAUUACUUGCCAAUUCAAUAAGUAAUUACCGUAAUUGUUUCGUCGCUAAUGAAGAUAUGAGAAACGCGCGCACCGUGUAUGUCUUUCGUCCAAACACUGAUAACACAGCAAAGUGAAGCUAUUCCAACACCCUUGACACGAAAUCUAAAAACGAAGAGAAAAAUAAGAAGAAAGUGAAUCGAGUAUGAACGUUAAAUAGAUAUUGAAUAUACUUUGACAGAUAGGUGCUAUAUUUUUCUCUGAAUGUUAACGAUAGCGAUAACCCUACUGUGUCUGUGUAAUUCGAAGAUGCAUCUUUCCAAAUAAAGGGCAGUGUACCAUACUUUAGCCAUCUUAAAUUUUAACUCUAGUUAGAACGAUUUGUAUAGGCAAUUUUUAUGUAAACUGCGCGCACAAAACUAUACUAUGUACCUAUUACCUGUGAAAUCUCUUCUAUAUCCCAAUGUAUAUUUUCAUAGAGUAUUUACGUAAGGAUUAUAGCGUUGUAUACGUUCAUUAAGUUAUUCCUUGUUAAACGGUUAGUAGACGCUUGACAAAUUUUACUAUUUUAAGAGUACAUUAUCAAAGAAAGUCCGAAAUGGUGAUUCACUAUAUAAGGACAAACUAAAUCGGUUAUUUCCUAUGAACCAUUUUUUUAUAGCUUGUAUGUAAUGAUAAUGUGAAUAGGAGUUAUCUCAGAUGAGUAUAUAAUUUGAAUUCUCAUUACAAAACUUAUGAAAAUGAAUAAAACUUCAAAUAUUUGAAUAAAUCAGUUUUUCAAUCAACAGUAACACAUUAUUUUUAAUUGGUGAUGAAGAGACAUGAAUUCAGGACUAAACUUGCACUUACAUUAAAGUAAUUUUUGGUCCAUUUAUUUUUUGAAUUACCUGACCAAAAUAGACGUUCAAUUUUAGUAAAUUAAAAAUACCUUGUCUGAAAACAUACUUGGUAUAAAUAAAUAUGUACAAUUCUGAAAAUCAUAUGAACUUGGUCUAGCCGUCAACUGUAAUGAAAUACAAUGUCCUAAUGGUUAAAAAUACUUAUCUAGAUUUACACUGAUCAGAAGAAAUUGCAAUUUUGUCUAAAAAUCUCGGCUUUCCAAACAUUAUGAAGUUCAAAAAUGAUUUUGAUACAUUAUAUAUGUACAUCAAUUUCUAUUUUUAUUUUACCAUUAAUACCACUGUACUACAAAUGAUUCUACGUUAAUUUUAUAUUUACGAUGAUACUCUAUUUAAUUACAUUCAAGGUUUAAUGUUAACUAAAUGUGGAAAAUCUAUAAAAUAAGAAUCACUGGAAAAAUUCCAAAAUUGAAAAUCAAUUUUAUCAAGCUCCCCAUCGAAGAAUCCUUAUGAUCUGGCCUAAUCUACGUUUAUUUUAUCAAUAGAAUAGGCCCUUUUCUAAUAUUUUCUAAUCACCUUAGAUUUUCCUUCUAAGAGAUACGAAUACUUCAAUUCAGAGAUAAAAAUGGAAAAUAAAGCAAAUGAAUGUAUACGACGCUCCUAAAUCCUUACUUCUUUAGGCUGGAAGAGGAACAACAUUUAUUUACGCAUAAAUAGCCUUUAAUCCUAAUCUAAUGUGAAUGUAUCACCCUUAUUAUCGACCACGUACUGUAAGAAAGAAAGCGUUACGUGUCUGGAAACAACGUAUUGUAAACAGUUUAUAUUUUCAAUGUACUUAUUUAAUCAUGUUAAAUGAAGUUAAUUAUUUUCUAUUGCUUUAUUGACUUGUUUAUUAUUAGAAUAUCAAGCAACCCGCUAUUUAGGUACGCAAAAUGUACGGAAAAGCAUCCAAUUUAAACCGAAAUUACAAGAAUCGUCAGACCGGAAAUAUUUUUCAUCUAGAAGUACAUUGUCCCCUACGAAAAUAAGUAUCUAGUUGUGAAUAUGAAUAUUGAACGACCAGCCUGAAUUCGGCUCGAUUAUAAGUUUCCCCCGCAGAUGUUAAAAUCUCGAAAGUUCAACAAAUAUUCAGUUAUUUUGUAAUGGUUUCAAAAUCCUUAAAAUAACAUAACAUAUAUAAAAUACCCCAAUUUUCAUACGCUGAUAUUUCUUGUUAUUAUAUCCUGAUGCUGAUUUGGUGCGAUGCUCGUUUAUGAUGCUUGAAUGCUAACGAAUAAACAAUUGCACCACAUUAAACAACAAAAAAAAAGAUAUUAACUUCACCGCACUCUAUAGCAAAAAGUGCAUUAAACGCAAUGCACCUAUAUUAGUAAUAUGACAAUGACUGAAGUAUGGUACAAAUAACGAAGGUACGAUUAACAUAAAGGUGCUUGAAAACGCAGAUGCGCGCGCUCGACCGAUCAAUCUGCAACAAUAAUGAAAGUAUAUCUCUCGUAAUCGUUAAUGGUUAGUUGAAAAGCUAACAUUUUCAUUCCUUCGUUGCGUCCACUCAAUAGUAUGGAAAUAUGGAAAUCUGCCCAUAUGCUCCAUUGAGAUGGAUCGAUGAUCGUUGCCUUUGGGAUUUGAUCUUUCGAGUGCAUCUAUCUAUUUAUCGUAUAUGAAAAUAAAUUUAUGCAGAAGAGAGCAUAGUUCGAUUAUCUGACGUAACCCGGAUGGUGUAAGAAAAACCUGUCAAAUAUACUUGAAAUAUGAAGUGACAACACUUACUAGAGACUUAGUAGUAAAAGUCGCAAAUGGAGGUCUUAUCGAUCCUACAAGGUCUUCCUACCGAGGAUGAGUCUGUUAAUGACGAGGAAACUUUUUAAGUGUAUAUAAUAUAUC